UGUAGCACUUGGAAUGGUCGGAAGGCCCGUACACAGUGGAGGAAAUCUGUCACUAUGGUGACUGGCUAUUCAUGAGCGCUCAGACCCCUGGCGGCACUAUGUGAAGAUACUGUUCUUGUCGUCUGUCAAAGAAAAACCCACAAAGGAAAACCGUGUGGAAAAGGGGACAUUUUUGGAAGUUGUCACAUUUGGAACUUGGGUUGUUUUUUCCCAGUCAGUCCUGUUGACGGACAAAACGAGCACUUACCUCCUCAUCCUUUGCUGUGCCCCACAACUGUCAAUUAUGUUAUUAAAAGGUUUCGCUAUUUUAACUUUUUCACACUUUUUUGUAUUUCUGCUGCUGUUCCAUCUGCCUCAGAUCAACGCACAGAAAUCGACGGGUUCACGGUGGCUGAUUGGGGACCGGGAGACUCACUGUGGGUCGGUCAUCUGCUCUCGGACGCAGGGCAAGCCUGUCUGUGGCUCAGACGGCCGGAGCUACGACAACGGCUGUGACCUGCAGAGGGCGCGCUGCAAAGACCGCACUCUGACGCUAGCCCACAGGGGGCGCUGCCGAGGUAAGAACUGGGUAAGAAUUGACCAGCUGCCUGUGGUUCCUGCACCAACGCCCGCCUUGGAAGAAAGGGACCUUGAGCUGAAAGAUGCCGGCCAGUCUAAGUGUCGUUUGGAGAGGAGCCAGGCCCUGGAGCAGGCCAAGAGGCCUCAGGAGGCCCUCUUCAUCCCAGAAUGCAACGAGGACGGAACAUUCGCCCAGGUGCAGUGCCACACCCUGACAGGAUACUGCUGGUGCGUGACCACAGACGGCAAGCCAGUCAGCGGCUCCUCAGUGCACAACCGGACCCCCGUGUGUUCAGGAAACUUCCGUGAAUUUAUGGGAACUCAUGCUGGGACAGGUGAAUUGUCAGGGUCAGUCACUGAUAAAACUCCUGGACCUCCAAAUUCCGGCAGAAAAGUCUCCUUCCGUUUUUUCCUCACUCUCAACCCAGAUGACGGCUCCAAGCCCACCCCCACCCUGCAGACCCACGUCCUCCCCGACGGAGAUGAGAUAACUGCGCCCACCCUGUGGAUCAAACAGCUCGUCUACAAGGACAACAAGCAGAACAACACCAGCACCAGGAGACCAGAGAAGGUUCCCUCUUGUGAUCAGGAGAGACAGAGCGCCUUAGACGAGGCUCGCCAGAACCCUCGCGAGGCCAUCUUCAUCCCAGACUGCGGGCCUAGGGGCCUGUACAAACCGGUCCAGUGCCACCAGUCCACAGGGUACUGCUGGUGUGUUCUGGUGGACACGGGCCGACCCAUCCCAGGCACCUCCACCAGGUACCAGAACCCACAGUGUGACAGUGCAGCUCGCUCUCGUAUCUCUGAUGUUGAGGAUCCCUUCCAGGGAAGAGACCUGACAGGUUGUCCGGAGGCAAAGAAGGUGGAAUUCAUAACCAGCUUGUUAGAUGCCCUGACCACAGACAUGGUCCAGGCCAUGAACUCACCAGCCCCCUCUGGUGGUGGGAGGUUCGUGGAGCCCGACCCCAGCCACACCCUGGAGGAGAGGGUUGUGCACUGGUACUUCUCCCAGCUGGACAACAACGGCAGCCACGACAUCAACAAGAAAGAGCUGAAGCCCUUCAAGAGGUACCUGAAGAAGAAAGCCAAACCCAAGAAAUGCGCCCGCAAGUUCACCGACUACUGCGACUUAAACAAGGACAAGGCCAUCUCACUGCAGGAGCUCACGGGUUGCCUGGGAGUCAGCAAGGAGGGUGCUUCUGUGGCCAGUACCAACCAAGGGACAAGGCAAGGGACUCAGUUGUUCAUAGGUCGUCUGGUCUAAGGAAAGAAGGUUCCAGAAGCUGAGAGGAGAGCAGAGAGCACAGAGGGAAGACAUCUUUACGCUCUCUGACACCAAACAGACAGACGGAGAAAACGAAGUUUCUGAGUGUAAAAAAAAAAAAAAAAGAGAAAGAUAAAGAGUGAAAGAAGUGGGGCCAAAAUGUUUGCACUUUUUCCUCCUGAUGAUCCACGUCUCAUCCGUUUGUAGGAGAUUCUGAAGUCACCCGACGUGACUGGAGAGGUUUUGGGGGACAAUUAAAGCAUUGUCUGUCUAGUCAAAAAGAAUCCCCUCUGAUUCUCCACUCCAGAACCUUCCUCACGUCCCUAAGAGGCUCCCACCAGCAUUACCUGUAGCUACAUCCAUCUGCUCUUCUGCUGUGGCUAUCGAAGAUAUAAAGCGCAGACGCUAAACCAUCUCCCGCCUGUAGAGGGGGCUAGUUCCAGUGAGCUACAGCUGUUUCUCCUAACGCCCACCUACCCAUCACCUGACAGAAUUACAGUAGUUUUCGGAAGUGUUUUUUAACGUUGUAUCCCUCUACAUAGGAAGAGUGGACCUGUAGUGAAACCAAUGCGAACGUUUGUUUUUCCUUAUUUUUCUUUAUCUACGUCGUUGUACACAAACUGCAAUCUCGUUUGGUGAGCCUGCGUGGAAAGCGUCCAGUCCGAAGCAUUCAAGAGUGUCCUGGCACUGUGUCACCAGAACCAUCAUCACAAAUCCAAUACAGUUAGUCAUCGCACGAGGAGUGGACGAGACUACAGAUCUGAGCAUAUUGUUCGAUGCCACUCUGCUCCUCCAUCACGCGCUAUCUUUCUUAUUUCUUCGAGAGCUUAGGAGGGUAUAUCUCACCAGCCAUAUCACACCAUAACCUUUUAAUUGUUUUACUUUGAUUUGUUCUUGUUUUUUUUUCCGUUACAAAACAGCAAAAAUAAACAGACUGAAAGGAAUUUGUUUUCCCUCACUUGGAAAUGAAUCUGUCUUAAUUUGAAAACUGGGAUGUUUGUUCGGAUGUUAGUGUUUGUUUUGUGUACAUUGUUGUUUACUAUGAGCUGUUGUAUUGGCUCAUGGAGGACGAGAGAGGUUUCCUUGUACAUAUGUCUGUUCUGAUACUCAUCUGGUCUCUUCAUCACCGUGGGCCUUGGGUUUCCUUAAAGCAGUAUCGGCUUCAGUUUGACUCGUGUGUGUGUAGAAAACAUUUGUUUCACUGAUCUACAGCUAUUGCUAUUUUGCAGUGUACUGCUAUGUGAAAGUGAAGAGUUUCUGUGGCUGGUGUGUCUUCAGCAGUAAGGGAUCAUCGUGGCCUGGCCUGUGCCAUGCUAGGAUCCCAGAUCCUGUAUGCAGUACAGUCAUGUCAUGUCUAUACUGGAUCCAACCUGGGGAGCACUUCCUUCUCUCCUACCACACCUCCUCCUACCCCCCUACCACACCUCCUCCUACCCCCUACCACACCUCCUCCUACCCCCUACCACACCUCCUCCUACCCCCC